AUGUCUCAUAGGAGGUCAAUAUCUCCUCCAUCCCCAGCCUCCCAGCGGGGACAUUACAUGAGUUCGCUGGGACCUAAUUAUCCUGAUAUUGAUUUCAACCCGUCGCCAGUAGAGCAACAUAUGCGUCAAGCCUACUAUCCGCAGGAUGAGCAAGAUUUAACCACGCAGCGGGAUUGGGUCUCGCCAUCAGCGACAGAGGACAGAGAUGAGCUCCAGCAGCCGCAACGGUCGAAGUUUACAACGGAAUAUUCACCGCUCGUCACGGUUGAGCAACACUUUGACGAUCAGAAGAACUGCAGCAAAAUUGAAAGUGCACAGGCUCACCAACCGUUCAUAAGGACCAAAAUAAGCUAUGAAACGAUCAUCGCCGAUAUCCUGUGUAUUGGAAUACCAUGUAUGCUUCUUGUAUUCGUGAUCCUGUUAAGCUCCAAAUCCGGCAAGGAAGCCACAACAAGCGAUAUUGCAAGCUGGUAUGGUGCAGCGUCAAUGUUGUCUACUCUGUUUCCCAUUCUAUUUGCAGCCAUUACAGGGCGUUCCAUGACACAGGUUGCUCGGUGGAAACUGGAAGAGGGAGCGUCCAUCGGAAGCCUUGAACAGCUGCUUGGAAGUCGAACUGUUGGAGGUGCAGUCCUCACGCAGUACCACUUGAGAGCAUUCAAUUUUCUUGGUAUCGGUAUCCUCAUCCUCUGGGCCAUGUCCCCAGUAGGAUCACAGGCCAUCCUUCGAUUAGUUGAACCGAGAAUUGCAAAAUCUACGACGGCCGGGAAGGUGGUGUAUUUUGAUCAUCUCUGGAAUGCAGUGGAAGGCAGACUGGUAAUGAUAGGAGAGGGUUAUGAGACUUGGGACGCUACGACCAACGGAACGAUCGACAUGAUGAACACUCUCUAUGGUGCUAUGGUUCUGGUACCCUCCAGCACGAAGAAUAGUGGUAUGGAUCUAUGGGGUAAUGUCAAAAUUCCCAGACUCUCCCCCGAUAGUACCGAUGAGUGGCAAAAUAUCACUACAGUAUCACCGGUUGUCUAUUCUUCACUCCUAGGUAUUCCUGUCUCGAACAUAUCAGCUGGAAAUACGACGUUUAACGUUGAGUCGAGCUAUAUUGACCUUGAAUGCGAUCAGGUGGAGGUUUGGGAGAGAAACCCAACCGGAUUCAUGCCUACGCCUCCUAGUACCACAAGCCAGGGCUAUCUCAAUUUUACCUACCUAGAUUCCCUCAGUUACGCCAAUGCUGGAAGGGUUCCUCAGAUAGGUAAUGGGUCUUUUCAGGGCUACGAUGUUAAACGGGGUGCUAAUGUUCGCCAAACGUCUUGGAGCAUAGGCCUUGAUCGGUUCGUCGACCCGGACUGGUCUAGACGGAAUUACCGAGCAGACACUCCGGUUCAUUUUGAAAAUGAGACAGACAUUGAUGUCGGCCCCACGAGGUUGAUGUUUCAGGCGUACAUGAGAGCAGCCUUGGGACCGACGCCCGUCGAACAUGCUGGCAGCUAUUGCAACGUGAAGCAGCGAUACCUUGAAUCGAGAAUUAGUUGUGAGAAAACCGACCCAUCUGCCAGGCAAAACUGCACCGCGGUAUCCCAGCGUUGGUCUCACAGAUACAGGAUCAAUGAAAACUUGAGCAUCCUGAACUGGCCAUACUCCUUUCGCUUUCUCACUGCGUAUUGGCCCCUAUCGACGGGGCCGAAAGCCAGUGCCGCAACUGGCACGCUGAGCGACCAGGACAUUUUGUUACAAUUUCUGUUCGACCCGACCAUGGAGAAUGUGCGCGAUACUGUGGACUCUAGAUCCCCAUCGCUCGCACUACAAAACAUAUCUGCGACGGAUUUCAGCAUUCGCCUCAGCCAAGCUAUGAACACGUACAUACAGCUUCGCUCAAUGAAUUUCAUGUCGCUGAACCUCCAGAAUGCCGAUGGUGGCAUCAAAUGUUGUGUGCAAACGGCUACCAGCAAUGGUGAAGUCGUGAGAGAAAACAUAGUUUUCGGCAUAUCACGAGUUUGGUCCGCAUUCUCCAUGAUAGCUUGCAUAAUCUUGUUGGCUGGUGGAAUUACUAGCUCUGUAUUUGCACACCUCGCUGUUGGACCAGAGAUUCUUGGCUAUGCGACUUCUUUGAUGCGGAAGACCACUCUGGAAUUGCCCAGAGAGAAGGAAGGCUUGGAAGGCACAGAGUUAGCAUUUGAGCUACGAAAUAGUCGUGUGCGGUACGGAUUUUCGACCUUGGAAGGGGCUGUUAUGGUGGUGGGAGCUCAAGAUAACGUUGCUAGGAUCAAGGAUGUGCUUAAGUAG